AUGAUGAGAAAGGCAAUGCUUCGUUCGACGGUCGCGUCGUUUACCGUCGGAAAGGCCAUUGCCAGAAAGCAUCACAAUGGUGUCACGAGUUUGGCUACUAGCAGACGCAUGCCACCUGCGUUUUCAUCCUCCACCAAACGACGACCUGCAUUUGUUCCUCUACUAAAUAAUAAGAAUCACGCCUGGUUGUUGACACGCGGAGGGGCAGCUGCCGAGUCCUUUUCGACGACCAGCACUACUUCUACGGCCUUGAACAGUGCCGUGGCGGAAUCCGAGACAACGGCACCCGUUGAAGUGUUUCGUACGGAUUACAAACCACUCCCUCAUUUGGUUACCAAGAUCAAUAUGGAUUUUGUCAUUGAAAAUGGCAAGACUACAGUGACUUCCGAGCUCUUUAUUGAACCCAACAGUUCUGUAGAAGGAGGAGGAGACCUUGUGUUGGAUGGGGAUGAAUCUUGUGUCAAGUUAAUGAGUGUUUCCAUUGAUGGAAAGGAACUGGAAAAGGGAAAAGAAUAUGACUUGGAACCGCAAAAAAUGAUCAUCAAGUCUCCUGCCCCUGGAACUGUUUUGAAAACUGUGGUAGAAAUCGUACCAGAAGAAAACACUCAGCUUUCUGGACUCUACAAGAGUGGGCCCAUGUACUGCUCUCAGUGUGAAGCCAUGGGCUUUAGGAGAAUCACAUACUACCCAGAUAGACCCGAUAACAUGGCAGUCUUUGAGAAUAUUCGACUUGAAGCUGACGAAAAGGACUACCCUGUACUAUUGUCGAAUGGAAACCUUGUCGACUCGGGCAAGCUAGAGAAUGGUCGUCAUUUUGCUUCCUGGUCCGAUCCUUUCCCAAAGCCUUCCUAUCUAUUUGCCGCAGUGGUAGGAAACCUGGGAUACAUUGAAGACACGUAUACGACCACGUCGGGCAGAGAGGUCAAGUUGGGAGUCUACUCGGAAAAGGAAAACGUCGACAAGUUGCAUUAUGCUAUGGACAGUUUGAAACGAUCCAUGAAAUGGGAUGAAGAUAAGUUUGGAUUGGAAUACGAUUUGGAUUUGUACAAUAUUGUGGCGGUGGAAUCUUUCAACAUGGGAGCCAUGGAGAACAAGGGUCUGAAUGUGUUCAAUACAGCUUAUGUUCUGGCAGAUAAGGACACAGCUUCAGAUGCAGACUUUGAGCGCGUUGAAGGGGUGAUUGGCCACGAAUACUUUCAUAACUGGACAGGCAAUCGUGUGACUUGUCGAGAUUGGUUCCAGCUGACUUUGAAAGAGGGACUUACAGUGUUCCGCGACCAGGAGUUCAGCGGGGACAUGAACUCCAAUGCUGUCAAGCGCAUCGAGGAUGUUCGUAUGGUUCGAGCUAGACAAUUCGCCGAAGAUGCUGGCCCCAUGGCCCACCCAAUCCGACCUGAAUCCUACAUCUCCAUGGAUAACUUCUACACAGCGACAGUUUAUGUCAAAGGAGCUGAGGUUAUUCGCAUGUACAACACUCUUCUUGGCACUGAAGGAUUUCGCAAGGGCAUGGACCUCUACUUUGAACGCCACGAUGGAACCGGUGUCACCUGUGAUGACUUCUUACAAGCAAUGGCGGAUGCCAAUGAUGUCGAUUUGAGUCAGUUUUCACUGUGGUACUCGACUCCUGGAACACCUACCGUCAAGUACUCGUCCGCGUAUGAUGCUUCCACGGGUGUCUUCUCCCUCACUCUCGAACAGGAAAGCAAGAGUGACAAACCCCUGCACAUUCCUGUUUCGGUUGGGCUCAUGGACAAAGAAUCAGGCGAAGAAGUGGUGCCUACAACCGUACUCGAUCUUAAGGAGAGCAAACAAACCUUCGAAUUCAAUGUCAAAGGCGAUGUUGUCCCGUCGAUUCUUAGAGAUUUCUCGGCUCCUGUGAAACUGAUGCCAGAUUCGGGCGCAGUGGAUGAGGAGGCCUUGGCGUUCCUUGCAGCAGAAGAUACAGACGGCUUCAACAGAUGGGAAGCAGGCCAACGGCUGUACACGUCCUCGAUCUUCCAAAACAUGAACGGCAAAGAGUCAGAGAAAACACUUCAAUACGUAUUUGAUGCUUUCGAGAGAACACUAAAGGGCGAAAAGCUCGAUGACUAUUCAAUUCAAGCCUACGCCCUGCUAUUGCCAACCGAAGCAACACUGUCAGAAGAAAUGGAAAUCAUUGAUCCAACAGCAAUCCACAAGGCUCGCGGAGCCGUCAAGCAAAAGAUUGCUCGCAAGUUCCAGAACGAGAUUUCGGCAAAGUACGAGGAACUAUCAGGCCUUGUUGAGGCCGACGGAGAACUGAGUGUUGACGCAAAGUCCAUUGGAUUAAGGCGCCUUCGCAAUGUCAUGCUGGAAUACCUCUGCUCCAUCAAGGAAACUCCGGAAGAACAGAAGGCUGCAGCUGAACUUGCGAAGAAGCACUUUGAAAAUGCCUCUGGCAUGACCGACAAGAUGGCAGCUCUUUCAGCACUGGCAUCCAUGGAAGGCAAAGGCACCGAAGCCCGCGAUUGGGCACUCCAAAAGUUCUAUGAUGAUGCAGACGGAUACAGUCUUGUCGUUGACAAAUGGUUCUCAGUCCAAGCACUGGCAAAUCUUCCUGAUGUCUUGGAUCGUGUCAAGAAACUCACUAAGCACCCAGACUUUACACUGGAAGUUCCGAACCGAUGCCGUUCGUUGGUCAGUGUUUUCACGAUGAACGCCCCUGCCUUCCACAAUCCCAGCGGAGAAGGCUACAAGUUCAUUGGAGAGCUCUUGGUCGAACUUGACAAACUGAAUCCUCAAGUCAGCAGCAGACUUGCAAGCAGCCUCAUCCGAUGGCGUCGCUACGAUGAGAAGCUUGGGGCGCUCAUGAAGGCUGAACUUGAGAAACUGAAGGCAAUGAAACCAAUCAGCGAAGAUCUGUACGAGAUUGUGAGCAAAGCCUUGGACUAG